AUGCCCUCUGACUCCACUUCCCUACAUCUAACCUCUGGAACUACCGACCAAAUAUCGAAUUCUCUAGACAACCAACCCGCCACGGCUUCAGAAGACAAGCAGAAAUCUACCAAACCAAAGACACAGCUUGCCGUCAAACCCAAACUGAAGAAGGAACUAAGAAGAACGAUGUACGAGAUCUAAGUAACAAUUUAACCAAUAAUUCAAGUCACUAAUCUGGGAGUUUAGAUCCUUUGGAACGGAUAUUCUGGAUUUGUAUGUUGGACCAGGCGAUAAUCCAAAACACUUCAAAGUCCACAAGAAGAUCCUUUGCCAAAAGUUUGAGGUUUUUGAUAAGUGAGUAAUCUGGAAUCCAACACAAUUCACCACAUACUUACAGGUCUGAAUUCUAGGAUGUUCAACGGUGGCUUCUUGGAAGCUUCUGAGUCAAAAGCACACUUUCCAGAAGAUAACCCAGAGUCCUUCGCAGCUUUUAUACAAUGGGUAUACACCGACGAAAUUCAUUAUAUAUUGGAUCGCGGCUUGAGAAUUUCGCCCACUGUCGCGCUCCUCGAAAAAUAUCAAUUACCUAAACUGUUGAAGGGGCUUAUCAAGGAGUUUAUUCAUCAAAUCGGUACACACAAGAGGAGAGUCAAUUCAACAGCGGUGCGCCAAGCUUAUGAGCUGACAUCUGAGGGUUCAACAUUGAGAAAGUUGUGCGCUUGGACAGUAGCGUACUACAUGGUCACAGAGAAAUCUGGAUGGCCAAAAGAUGAGACGGAGAAGGUAUUAUUGGAAGUCGAUGGAUUACUGGGAGAUGCUCUUACAUUUUUGCGGAAGUGGAAUGGAUCUCCCCCAAACCCUUACCAUACGCCUGAAGGGGAGUCUGUAUGGAGUAUCCUAAGCUGA